AUGUUCAAUGAACUUUCCCUCCAAUUCUGCGAAUUACAAAGGGAAUUAGAAAAGACUAAAAAAGAGUUAGAAGAAGGGCGAAAAUCCAAAGAUGACAAAAUUACUAGUUUAGAAAAACAACUUGAAUUGCUUCGCCAGAAAUUAAAAAACUUUCGCAAAAAAGAAAAACCAUUUAUUCAUUCUGAAACUGUUUCUGUAGCCCAAGUUUUAAAAACAACUGGUAAUACUAUUUUAUUCGGUCUAUCCUUGAAUGGUUUAGCAGCAGGUUAUCAACAAAUUUUUGGUUCAACUGCUAACCAACUAAAUUUAAACACUCCGCUCAACAUUUCUGAUUAUUCUGAUAAUUUAUUAGUUCUAGCGGCUCUCCAAAACCCCAAUCAUUCCUCCUUUAAACAGACCGAGGAAAAAUUAGAAAACCGAAUCUCACUCGCCAACGAGUUUGUUUUACCCGAAAACGACCUAAUCAAUUCUCAGUCUGAAUUAGACCGACAGACCAGAAUUGUCCGAAAAUCAGAUCACAAAAUUAAAAAUUUACAAAGAAAAUUAGUUACCAAAAAGCGGUUAAAGAAAAUUACUGAGUUGGAGCAAGUAAAUUGCGAUUUAAAGACUGAUUUAACUAAUUUAGAAACUCAAAAUAGUCAACUCUCGGUUCGACCUGAUAUCAGUGCUGAAAGAUAUAAUGAAUUACUAAAUCAAGAAAAAAGGAAUAAAAGUUUUCAAACUCAAUUACAAACUCGUCACCAGCAAAUAGCGAAGCAAAUUCAGCAAAAACGAGAAUUCUGCUCCGAGUUAAAGGUGGCUAACCAAACUAUCACUAGUUUAGAAGAGAGAAUAGAUAAAUUAACUUCCCAACCGGAUAAUCGUCCUAAUAUUACCUUGACCGAACACAAUAAGUUAGUCAAACAAAUAGUAAAAACGGAACAGGAUAAUUAUCAGCACCAGCUCAAAAAUUAUGCUACUGGUCUAACCGAGUUAGAGGAAUUUGCUGAAUAUAAAAACCCGGAACAAGUCGCCGAAAUUGAAAAAUUAGAAACCGCCCGAGAUAGCCGACCCAAUAUUACGCUUACUCAGUAUGAAGCAUUAAAAAAGAACCAAAAGCCGUUGAAUUGGGAAGUAAAAUUAAAGCAAAUUCCUCGAUUAGAAGAAGAAAAUAGAGAAUUGAAAACUAAUCAAACUACUCUUGAAAAUAAUUUUAAAAAGUAUAAAGAGGAGUAUAAAUUUAAGGAAGUUGAUAUCACCAAGGAGGACAAAUAUGAAAAAGAGCAAACCGAGCAUGGUAAUACUACUGACAAACUAACCAAAAGUAAUUCGGAAAAUGAGGAGCGGAUAAAGAAACUCGGAAGUAAUGUGGCUGAUUUGGCUCAACAAAUUCGUGAUGCCGAGGUCGAGGAAGGAAAAUUACAAACUGAACUUCACCAAUUAGGAGAAAAAAACAUUGAACUAACGGAGAAAAUUAGCGAAUUAAAUACUGUUAGCAAGAAAGAACAAACAAACCUUAAAAUUCUCCAAACCAGAGUUGAAAAUCGUGGCAAGAAAAUUACUGAACUAAGUAAACGUCCCGACAUUACGGAAAUCAGAUAUAAUAAAUUACUAACUAUUGAAGCCAACCAAUUAAAAGACCGCGAUAAAUUAGAAAUAGUCCACUUAAAAGCGGAAAUUAAGGGUUAUAAAAAACAAAGGGACAUUCGACCGGAUAUUUCUUUUGCUUAUUAUCAGCAAUUAUUAAUUGACAAGGAUAAUGCUCUUUCAACUAUCGAAAAACUUCAAAUUUAUGCGGAUUUACAAACUAACUUGACAGAUAUUAAAUCCGAAAGGGAUGAAUUAAAGGAACAAAUUUUAACCGAACAAAGGGAACAUAACCGAACCAAAGUAGAAUUAUCCGCCACUUCCCAAAAAAUUGAAAUUGCCGAAAAAUUUGGUGCCAAAAAGGUGGCGGACUUACUGGAUAGUUUGAAAGGAAAAUUAACUAAUUCGGAGGAGCAAUUAAAAGAAAAGAAAACCAAUUUAAACCGAACCGAGACUGAAUUAACUAAAUCCCAGGUUCAAAGUCGACUUUAUCAAGGCCAAAUAAGCCAAUUAGAAAAUAAUUUACUUCAUGUUUCUAAAAUAAAGGAACAACAAGUAGUAAAAAUUAGCGAACAAACCGAAAAUCUAACCAAAAUCGGCGAGGAAUUACAACAACGAAAAGAAGAUUACCGAAAAUUAGCGGAAAAAUUAGCCCAAGCCCAACAAGACUAUACUCAAUCCGAAAAUAGUCAUAGUCGAGAAAAUAACCAAGAUAGCUUAGUUAAGAAAACAGAGAGCAAUAUUAUUGCUCAAAUCAUUAGCCAAAUUCCAGAAUUGAAUUCUCUUGCUCCGAAUAGUUCAGUUAAAUUAGAACGCCAACUUGCCACUAAAAAACCAGUUCCUUCUAAGGGAGAGGACUUAGCGACUAUCAAGCAAUUAGAAUUAAACUAUUUAACCGAGUUAUUUGGAGCAGCCUUUGAUUUGGCUACUCAAAAGCAAAUUCAAGUUGCUACUAAAUAUUCCCAAAUAGUUCAGAUUCGGCAAACUUUCUUAGCACAACAAUUAACCCCCCAAUUCAGUCCCGCAGUUAAUUUAACUCCCUCUCACCCCACUGGUUUUUGGCAACCAGAAAGAAUAUUUUGA